AUGCCUCAGCUCACCAUCCAGUCUGCCGCGCCCCUCGCCAACAACCCCAAUGGUGUUUCCAUCCCCCGCCUAGGGUUCGGCGUCUAUCAGCUCUACUCGAAAUCCUGCACGGACGCCGUCCUCGCCGCUCUCGAUGCUGGCUACCGCCACAUCGACUCGGCCCAGCUCUACCGCAACGAGUCUGAGGUCGGCGCUGCUGUCCAGCGGGCCAUCGCCGCCGGGCAGCUUCGCCGUGAGGAUGUCUUCUUGACGAACAAGAUCCGCAACCCUGUUCCUGGCGGCCCCGAAAUGACGUACCAAAGCGCUCUCGAGAGCGUUCACAAGCUCGGUGGAGACGGCGGCUACGUCGACCUUUUCCUCGUUCACAUCCCUGGUACCAAGCGAGAGGCCCGCGAGGAGAUGUGGCAGGCGCUGGAGAAGCUCUACGCCGAGGGCAAGGCCAAGGCUAUUGGUGUGAGCAACUUUCGUCCGCAGCACAUCGAGGAGAUGAAGGAGUACGCUCAGAUCUGGCCACCCCAAGUCAACCAGCUCGAGCUUCACCCCUGGUGCCAGCAGCGCGAACUCACGCAGUACUGCCGCGACAAGGGCAUUGCCCUACAGGCCUACAGCCCACUCUCGUGCGGCGAGCACCUUGGCGAUGAGACGCUCGGCCGCAUCGCAGCCAAGCACGGCAAGUCUCCAGCUCAAGUACUGAUCCGAUACGGCCUGCAAAAGGAGUGGAUCCCACUGCCCAAGAGCGGCAACCCCGACAGAAUCAAGCAAAACAGCGACGUGUACGACUUUGCUCUCGACGACGACGAUAUGACGACCCUAGACGGACUGGACAAGGGCGGCAAGGGCGCAUUAUUCCCUGCCAAUGUGAAAUGA